AUGGCGAAGUCUGAAAGCCCAGACACUUCUUCCUCUCGCAGCAGCCGUUCCUCCCAAGGGUUCGUUCCCCUAGGCGAGGGCAUCCGGCGCCGGGGGCCCCAUGCGGGCCGCAGGGGUCCCCGUUUCUCUUCUGUUACUGAGGGCCCUGCCGGUCCAGGAGAGGGCCCCGAAGGAACCCCUCCUGUUUUUGUAAAGAGAGAAAGCGACAAAAAAGAUAGCCCUGUAUUCAAAUCUCCUAUGCAGGGGAGAUCCUCUGCUGCCUCUCCUGCUUCAGACGCUUUACACGCCUUUGGCGACAGCAAGGAGGAGCGAGGGGCCCCUCCAGGGGCCCACUGCAAUGCAAACCCUUCCUCUUCGUGGUAUCCCCCCGCUAAUAACGAAGACUCCUUCUCUGAUUCUCCUCAAAACUCUGAGACUCGUAGACAGUCAGUGAGAAGCCCCCCCCAAUGGCCCCCAAAGAGGGGCCCUACAGGGGCCCCUAGGGGGGUUUGGGGUUUGAGGGGCCCCCCAGGAGAGGAUAACAACCAAGCCUCCCCGCAUGGAUUGAACUUUGCUUAUUCUUCUCCUCAAACAGAUACAAGAGAGCAGCAUACAGGAGAGGAGGGGAGGCAUAUGGCUGGUGCAGUGCGGCCUUUGUCUAUUCGAGAGGGGUUGCAGCUGCUGCAGCAAAUUGUAGCUGGAGUUGCAGCUUCCGGGCGUUUGUGGGCUUCGUCUUUGCUCGGCGUGGCGAAGUGGUGCUGUAUUAUUUUGUUUGCUAUGUUGCUGCUGCUGGGGUGUCUGUCUUGCUUCUUUCUGCUUGCUGCAGCGACUAGCUAUUACCUCCUCUUUAGCUAUACUUCUCCUCCCCCUCUCCACCAAUUCCCGGUGUAUUUUGAUUAUUAUCCAGCAGUUGGACUGGCGUUGACGUCUCAGCAUAGAGAGCCUUCAAACCCUUUACCGUUUGAUGAGCUCCGUGCAGGGGGCCCCCCUUCCUCAUGGGGCCCCCAAGCCCCAGCGGGAGAAGAAGACAAUUCAAAGUCAAAGAAUGAAGUGCCCCCUUCUCCUUUCUCUCAAGCAACAACACCUGCAGCAGCAGCAGCAGCAGGAGCAGCAGCAUCCUGCGGUGUUUCAGGGGGCCUCUUGCAUGCAUUUGACCCCUUGGGGGCCCCCCAGGGGGCCCCACAGAGGGCCUCUUGGGGGCCCCAAGGGGGCCCCAUACCCUGGAGGGGGGCCCCCGGGGGGCCCUCUGAUUUGAGGGGGGGGCCCCCAGGAGAGAGUUGGCCUUCCUUUGAACAGUCUCUUGCUGUUGCUACAAUACCCUUUAGCAAUCGCACGUGGGAGUUGCUACCUGAAGACGGAGAUCUAUUUGCUGCACCUCUUCCUUGUGUCUCCUCUCACUGGCAGCACUGCCAAGAGCAGCAGCAGCAGCAGCAGCAGCAGCAGCAGCAAGAACGGCAGCAGUUUGUCUCUCUUUCAUUGCUCGAUUCAGAAGAAAAGGCGAAGGUGCCUUCAUUUGCAUCGGACUUUGUGCUGAAGCAGCAGCUCAGAAAGAGAGAUACAAAUGAUAGAGGGCCUUAG